AUGGGAAAGGAAAAGACUCACAUCAACAUCGUCGUCAUUGGACACGUAGAUUCCGGCAAGUCUACCACUACCGGCCAUCUCAUCUACAAAUGUGGUGGGAUCGACAAAAGAACCAUCGAGAAGUUUGAGAAGGAGGCUGCUGAGAUGGGGAAGGGCUCCUUCAAGUAUGCCUGGGUCUUGGAUAAACUGAAAGCUGAACGGGAGCGAGGUAUCACCAUUGAUAUCUCCCUGUGGAAAUUCGAGACCAGCAAGUAUUAUGUGACCAUCAUUGAUGCCCCAGGGCACAGAGACUUCAUCAAAAACAUGAUUACAGGAACCUCUCAGGCCGACUGUGCUGUCCUGAUUGUUGCUGCUGGUGUCGGUGAAUUUGAAGCAGGCAUCUCCAAAAAUGGACAGACCCGUGAGCAUGCCCUUCUGGCCUACACUCUGGGUGUGAAACAGCUGAUUGUUGGUGUUAACAAAAUGGAUUCCACUGAGCCACCCUACAGCCAGAAAAGAUACGAGGAAAUUGUUAAAGAAGUCAGCACCUACAUUAAGAAAAUUGGCUACAACCCUGACACAGUAGCAUUUGUGCCAAUUUCUGGUUGGAAUGGUGACAACAUGCUGGAGCCAAGUGCUAAUAUGCCUUGGUUCAAGGGAUGGAAGGUCACCCGUAAAGAUGGCAAUGCCAGUGGAACCACACUGCUUGAAGCUCUGGAUUGCAUCCUGCCACCAACUCGCCCAACUGACAAGCCCCUUCGCCUGCCCCUCCAGGAUGUCUACAAAAUUGGUGGUAUUGGUACUGUCCCUGUGGGCAGAGUGGAGACUGGUGUUCUCAAGCCCGGCAUGGUGGUCACCUUUGCUCCAGUCAAUGUUACAACUGAAGUAAAGUCUGUUGAAAUGCACCAUGAAGCUUUGAGUGAAGCUCUUCCUGGGGACAAUGUGGGCUUCAACGUCAAGAACGUGUCUGUCAAAGAUGUUCGCCGUGGCAACGUGGCUGGUGACAGCAAAAAUGAUCCACCAAUGGAAGCAGCUGGUUUCACAGCUCAGGUGAUUAUCCUGAACCACCCAGGCCAGAUCAGUGCUGGAUAUGCACCUGUGCUGGAUUGUCACACAGCCCACAUUGCUUGCAAAUUUGCUGAGCUGAAGGAGAAGAUUGACCGUCGUUCUGGGAAAAAGCUGGAAGAUGGCCCCAAGUUCUUGAAAUCUGGUGAUGCUGCCAUCGUUGAUAUGAUUCCUGGCAAGCCCAUGUGUGUUGAGAGCUUCUCUGACUACCCUCCUCUGGGCCGUUUCGCUGUUCGUGACAUGAGACAGACAGUUGCUGUGGGUGUCAUCAAAGCAGUGGACAAGAAGGCAGCUGGAGCUGGCAAAGUCACCAAGUCUGCCCAGAAAGCUCAGAAGGCUAAAUGA